AUGCAGAUGGAUAAGAGGGAUGUUGUUUCUUGGAAUUCCAUGAUUUUAAGCUAUGCAGUUCACGGGCACGGAUCAAAGGCGCUUGCGACCUUUCAGGAGAUGGUGAAACGAGGUGUAUCGCCUACUCCAAUAACGUUAAUCAGUGUGUUGGGAGCUUGCAGCCAUUCUGGACUCGUUGAUGAGGGAAAAUCGUUGUUUCAUUCGAUGAGGAGAGAGCAUGGGAUUCGCCCUAGCGUGGAGCAUUACGCUUGCAUUGUGGAUCUUCUUGGCAGAGCUAAUAGACUAAAGGAAGACGCUCGGAUCAUAGCCGAUAUGCGAGAUGAGCCAGGGGCGAUGGUGUGGGGUGCUCUCCACGGAUCGUGCAUGAUUCAUUGCAACGUGGAGCUUGCAGAGAGGGCUAGCAGGAUGCUGUUUGAGCUCGAGCCCACGAAUGCAGGGAACUAUGUGCUUCUUGCUGAGAUAUACGCGGAGGCAAAGAUGUGGGACGGGGUGAAGAGAGUGAAGAAGGUGUUGGAAGAGAAGGCGCUGCAGAAGGUACCGGGAUGCUGCUGGAUUGAAGCGAAGAAAAGGGUGUACUCGAUUAGGUCUGUGGACGAGGUGAAUCCUCAAAUCGAGUUGGUCCAUGCUUUGGUGGUGAAGCUGUCGGAGCAGAUGAUGGAGCAGGGGUACGUGCCGGAGACGAAAUCGGUGUUGUACGAGCUUGAUACGGAGGAGAAGCAGUGGGUGCUGUUGGGGCACAGUGAGAAAUAG